AUGAGCGUUAAAAGUAACGACAGUCUAAGGGACGGCAGUCGAGAGUCGGAGGUUUCUCAAAAUGGAUUGGGCAAGGAGACGACUGUCUCAACUAACCAGAACCUACCGCUGGCAAUUGCCAACUCUACUACGAAAUCUAUUGGUGUUAGAAAAAUUGAAAUUUUAAAUGCCCAAUAUGAAAAUAUUUUUUUGAGAAUCAUUUUAUUCGUAUGCGUUUUUUUCGUAGCAUACUGUUAUGGGCUCGAUGGUACAGUUAGGGGCACACUUCAGAAUUAUGCUACAGAUUCGUACAAUUCCCACCCCUUGUAUUCAACAGUCAAUGUGAUUAAAUCUGUAGUUGCAGCAGCAGCGCAACCAACAUACGCCAGAUUAUCUGACAGAUUUGGAAGACUUGAGUUGGUAUUUGUUUCGAUGAUAUUUUACUCAAUGGGUACUAUUAUUGAAUCUCAGGCUUACGAUAUCAAGAGAUUUGCUGGAGGAGCAGUUUUAUAUCAAAUUGGCUAUUCUGGUAUUAUCAUUUUACUUCAAGUAAUUGUGGCCGAUCUCUCAAACUUGAACUGGAGAUUGGCCGUUUCUUUUGUUCCAGCUUUACCUUUUAUUAUAAAUACUUGGGUUUCGGCCGAAGUAGUUAACAGCUUGUAUCCUACUCAUUCCUGGAAUUAUGGUAUAGGUAUUUGGGCUUUUAUUUUUCCGUUGAGCUGUGUUCCAUUGAUUGCAUGUAUGCUUUAUAUGUGGAUUAAAGCUAGGGUUACUCCCGAAUAUCAAGCAUUAUUGAAGGAACAAAAGUUGAAGAAGAAUUGGGUUUCAAAGUCAGACAACAUAUUUGUACAUUUAUUUUGGGAACUUGAUUUAAUUGGAAUUCUAUUUAUCAUUUGUGUUUUCGGUUUUAUUUUGGUUCCUUUAACAAUAGCUGGUGGUGUUCAAAGUACCUGGCAAAAAGCUUCAACUAUUGUUCCAUUAGUGAUUGGGUUUGUGCUUAUACCAUUCUUUGUUUUAUGGGAAGGAAAGUAUGCAAAGUUUCCAAUCAUGCCCCUUCCAUUGAUGAGAGAUCGAGGCGUGUGGUCAGCCUUGAUGGUAGCAAUUAUGAUCGAUUUCGUAUGGUAUAUGCCAAACGACUAUAUGUAUACUGUCUUAAUAGUCGGAAUGAGGUCUAGUAUCAAGGCAGCUAACAGAAUUGUUUCCCUUUACUCUUUUGUCUCAUGUGUAACUGGUCCCCUUUUAGGACUUGUUAUUGUGAAAUUUAGGAGGCUAAAAGGUUUUAUUAUAUUUGGAGUUGUUUGUUGGAUUAUCGCUACUGGUAUUCUUGUUCAUUUCAGAGGUGAUAACAAUGGAAUUGACUCCGAAAAAUAUCUCAAUGGUGUCAUUGGUGCUCUUUGCUUAAUGGGUUUCGGUGCGGGUUUCUACACAUACUCCACUCAAGUGUCUAUUUCAACUUGCACUAAUCACGAGUACAUGGCUGUCAUAAUUUCGCUUUAUUUGGCUUCCUACAAUAUUGGUGCUGCAAUUGGUACUUCUGUUUCGGGUGCUGUGUGGACUAAUGUAAUGUAUAACCAAAUUGUUCAAAAGAUGUCUGCUCGUGGCGUGGAUACAAGUCUUGCAACACAAGCUUAUGGAGCUCCCUUUGAUUUCAUUAUAGAAAAUACUUGGGGUACUGAUGCAAGAAUAGCUGUCGUUUUGGCAUAUGCUCAUGUUCAAAAAAUUUUGUGCAUUAUUGGUCUUGUGUUAUGUUUCCCAUUGUUAGGCUUCACUUUCUUCUUGAGAGACCAUAGGCUUGAUUCAGUUCAAUCGCUUGAAAUUGAACACUCCCAUGAAGAGGGAGUCAAGUUCAAUGACGAAGUGGUAGUCAAUAACUACGACGACGAUAUUCUUGUGAGCAAGAUCAAGUCUCUUUUUAGACGCAGGAACAAAGAGUAG